UUACUAGAUUUAUCAAAUUCUCCAGUUUCAACACCUGUUCUAGAAACACCAUCAACUACAUCAACUUCUAUAACAGGUAAACCCUCAAGACGUGAUCGUAAUGCUGCAAAAGGUCGGCAAAAAGAUAUAGAAUUUGCGACAGAAAUAGGUCAAGGUUUAUUACAAGAGGUUAAGCGUUUACAAGCUCUAUUACAUGAAAAAGAAGAAAGAAUAAAAGAAUUAGAGGCUGAAAAAGCUGAAUUACAACGUAAUAUUGAACAACUUAAUAAACAACUACGAGUAAAUCAAGAAUCUGAAGAUCGGUUAAAAGAAGAAGUUUGGAAUCUUGAAUUAGCUAAACAAGAAUUAAGUAAUCAGCUAGAAGAUUUACAACAACAACUUGCUAGAGCUCGUAAUGACUAUACAAAAAUAGAAAGAGCUCUUUCAACUGCAACUGAUGUUAUAGAACAACUUAAAGAUAAAGAAGAAAGAUUAACAACAAAUCUUGAAAAUUUGAAAAUUAGACAUGAAAAAGAUAUGGCAAAUAAUCGAAGGCAUGUUGCUGCUCUUAAUAGAGAAAAAGCUGAUCUAUCAAAAACAAUUGAAGAUCUAAAGUCACAAUUGGAAUCAUUAAUAAAUACCUCAAAAAUUAAGAAAAAUGUUAAGGAAACCAGUAUCGGUUCAGAUAAUCCGUUAUUUGGUGAAGAUAGUCAAGUUAUUAAUGGUGAAGAUGAUUCAA